AUGGGUGUCUAUCGCGUCGAGGAAUCUCCUAACAACCGCGCCGGUUGUCAAGUUAAAGAAUGCAAAGAUUCUGGCAGCAAGAUAAUGAAGGGCCAGUUCCGCUAUGCGACACAAGUAACUAUCAAAGAUCACGUCAGCUGGCAAUAUCGUCAUUGGGGAUGCGUUACUCCUAAGCAGAUUGAAAAUCUGAUCGAGACAUGCGGAGGUGAUACUGACAUGGUCGAUGGCUACGACGAGUUGCCCGCCGAAUUUCAAGAAAAGGUCGAUUUCGCGCUCAAGAACGGCCACAUUCCGGACGAGGACUGCACACGCGAUCCUGAGCUAAACCGUCCAGGUGUAAAGAAGCCUAGGGCAAAGAAGGCAAAGAAGGGCGCCGAAGAUAAUGACGACGAGGACGCUGCUUCCCCACCCAAGAAGAAGCGCGCAACCAAGGCCAAGAAGAGCGAGGUCAAGGACGAAGUCGAAGAUGAAGAGGAGGAGGAGGCCCCGGCACCAGCUCCCAAGAAGCGCGCCACCAAGGCCAAGAAGGUCAAAGCCGAGGAUCAGGACGAAGAAGAUGUUCCAGCUCCCGCCCCUGCCCCUAAGAAGCGCGGCCGACCUGCCAAGAAGGAAGUCGAGGAAGAAGACGGCGACGAAGAGGCCGCCCCUCCUGCAAAGAAGGCUCGAGCCAGCGGCCGUGCCAAGAAGGCUGCUCAGCAUACUGACGCUAGCGACAAGGAAGCUCCCAAGCCCAAGAAGGCUCGAGGCAAGAAGGCUGCAGUCGAGAACCUUGAUCCCGAGCCUGAGAUCGGUCUCGAUUCUGAGGCUGAAGUGCUUUCGGAUCACGCAAAGGAAGCUCCUGAGCCUAAGAAAGCUCCACAGAAGAGGGGCCGCAAGAAGGCCGCCGCCGCCGAGUAA